UGGAAAAUAAUUUGAAACUAUAAUUUCAAUUCUCAAUUUUAAUAAAGAAUAAAUUAAUUAGUAUCCCAUAAAGUUUGAUGAAAUGGGAGUGAUGAAAUGGAUUUUUUAUCACACUGUUGAAAAUUCAGAGUGACAUGUCUCAAAUGUCUACAACAUCCUGGAAUGUACAAUUUUAAAAUCAAUGGCUUGAAUCGAUUCCCGCACAUUCUCAAGUGCGGUUAUCGCUCUUCAAUAAACAUCUCUUUUAAAAUCAUCAAGAAAGAAGUAAAGAAAUGGAAUUCAAAAAAGGAAACUAAAAGAAAAUAUAGUGACAAGAAGCCAUUGUCGUUACUUGAUAGAACAGUUUUAGGAUUUUUGCCCAGAUUUUUACAUCCACUUUGGGUGCAUCCUGCAGGAAUCAAAACUAUUUUCUUUUGGGCACCGACUGCAAAAUGGGGUUUGGUGAUAGCAGGCUUAAGUGACAUUCUUGUAAGGGAUCCUCUCGUGACCAGUAUUAAUCAAACUACAGUGUUAGCUGGUACAGGAUUAAUUUGGUCCAGAUAUUCUCUGGUUAUUUAUCCUAAAAACUGGAACUUAUUCUUUGUUAACUUAUUCAUGUCGAUAUUACAAUCUUAUUCUAUGUUAAAAGCCAUUAAAGCUCAAUACUUCGACAAAUAGUACAAGGACGAGGAAUAUAUUUUUUCACAUUAUAAUAAUAAAAACUUAAAAUAUAAAAUAUGAUAUUUAUAUUCCUAAUUUUAUUAUAUAGGUAAGUAUGACUUAAUUUAUAUAUCAGUGAAU